AUGUGUAUAAUUGUAUUAACAUUUGUAUUAAAUGUUCUUUCAUUUGGAUCAACUUCAAAAACAACAAAUUGUAUGACUGAUUUUAUCGCAGUGAACAUGGACUCCAAUGACAUAACCUGCACUAUUGUUUCAGAGUGUUACAAACAAAUUCUAAAUUAUAAACAUGAUAUCACUGCUUUUAAUUUGAAAGCAGUUUGCUAUGUCAGUCCUUCAAAUUUUUUCAUCCAGAAAGACAAUUUGAAUGUGACUCGAUGUGGUGAAUGGUUGAGUGUUACUGGUCCGAGUCAGAAAAGUGUUCAUUGUAUGGUAGCUGGGUCUGCAAGCAUUUUUACCAAAACCAAAACCAAAACCUUGAUGAUGUCGGAGAACACGUAA